AUGCGUCGAGCAGCCGUUUUCGCUCUUCGUACUGCUCGACGCUCUGCUUUUCGCAAGUUCGUCCCUAAGUCGAUCUUGUCGGCCCCAGGCAAUGCAGCACCUGUAUCUGCCUCCUCCAACGCGGUGAUACGGAGAUAUAGCACCUCUCGUCAGCCAUUGCAGGCUUCUAUGCGUCUUCCAAAAAUCCCAAUCGCUUUUGUCGGGACGCUUGGAGCCAUAUCCGCAUGGUAUGCAUAUCGAGGUGAUGGCCCAGAACAACUUCUGCGAAAUCCGACCGCACCAUUAUCAGCUCAAUCGAUGAGAAGUCUGAGCACCAAACCAGACAUUACCUCGCCAACAUCAGAGCCCACCAGUCUUGCCUCAGUAACUGCAGGUCAAGAACCCAAUCGCAAGGCAUUGGUCGUCGACAACGAUCAAUUUUUCACAGGCGCAAUUGUGGGCGAAGGACCACUAGCAAAAGACACGGAUGACUACGGGAGGAAGGUUCUCGAGAUGAUGACCCCAGAGCAAGCCACCGAGAAACUACGGAAAAACGAGCAGUCGUAUCUUGUUGGCCGAGGACGUGGCGUGGUCCGAUAUGAUGUCGUCCAACUACCGAGCAAUGACCCCAUUGAGGAUGACCACUCUGAAAAGAUAGUAGAGGUUCCUAGUUCUGUUGCUGCGACAGAUGGUGCUGCCUCAUCAGACUGGAUGUUUUGGGGUGUUUUUGAUGGUCACUCGGGCUGGACGACUUCAGCCAAACUGCGUCAGGUGCUGAUCUCGUUUGCUGCACGCGAACUGAAUAGCACCUACAAGGCCGCAUUGGCUGAUGCUAAAUCGCCCUUCCCUCCUCCGGCUGCUAUUGACCAAGCUUUGAAGUCGGCUUUUGUCAAGUUGGAUAACGAAAUUUGUCUCGAUAGCGUCAGCAAGCUAAGCAAAAACCCGAGCAAGCGUCUGGCCGCUGAGAUCCUCGCCCCCGCCCUUUCUGGCUCCUGCGCCUUGCUCUCCUUUUAUGACUCCAGAAGCAAAACCCUCCGCGUGGCCUGCACUGGUGAUAGUAGAGCGGUUCUUGGACGACGCAACACACAAACCGGCAAAUGGUUCGCGACUCCAUUGUCCGAGGAUCAAACCGGCUCCAAUCCCAACGAAGAAGCUCGAAUGCGUGCUGAACAUCCCGGUGAAGAGCACGUUAUUCGCGCCGGCCGCGUUCUGGGUAAUCUGGAACCUACCCGGGCCUUUGGCGACGCAUUCUACAAAUGGUCCCGCGACACACAGGAUCGAGUCAAGAGACAUUUUUUCGGCCGCACACCACACCCGUUGCUCAAGACACCUCCGUACGUUACGGCGGAACCCGUCGUAACUAGCACAUCGAUCGAGCCGUCCAAGGGUGACUUCGUGGUGAUGGCGACUGACGGCCUGUGGGAAAUGCUUACCAACGAAGAAGUCGUUGGUCUCGUGGGCCAGUGGAUCGAGCAGCAGAACAAACAAGCCAGCAAGUCAUCCAACAACACCGCAUGGUUGACGAGCUGGUUUAAAUCUUCAUCUCCAGGUGCGCUCCCAGUUGAAAAAGGGGGGAAUAUGGACAAGACUGGACGCAUCGACAACGGUAAAGCUGGGAGUGGCGAGAAGCCCAUUCGCCAACAACAAUGGGACGUCAAGAGUGAGAAUAAUGGACGAUUUGUUGUCGAGGACAAGAAUGCUGCGACACAUCUGGUCAGGAACGCGCUUGGUGGAAAGGACAGAGACAUGGUAUGUGCGUUGUUGACGUUACCGAGCCCGUACAGCCGACGAUACAGGGACGAUUUGACGGUCGAGGUGAUUUUCUUUGGAGAAGGAGAAGAUACUGGUGCCGUUGUGGUCAAUUCAGAAGCUACCGCAAAGAAUGAUGGAGAAGGUCUGAAAGCAAAGUUGUAA